CGAAACAAACUCUCAUUCAAACAAACCAAAAUUUCCCCCAAUUUCCAAACCCUAGAAAUCUCAAUCUCUCAAAUUCAUUCAAAUCCUUAUCAAUUCAAUGGCACCAAAAGCAGAGAAGAAGCCAGCCGAGAAAACUCCGGCCGCCGAAAAGGCACCGGCGGAGAAGAAACCAAAGGCCGGAAAGAAGCUCCCGAAGGAAGCCGGAGGUGCGGCUGCGGCAGACAAGAAGAAAAAGAGAAGCAAGAAGAGCGUGGAGACGUACAAGAUAUACAUAUUCAAGGUGUUGAAACAGGUGCAUCCAGAUAUUGGAAUUUCAAGCAAAGCUAUGGGGAUAAUGAACAGUUUUAUUAAUGAUAUUUUUGAGAAAUUGGCUCAGGAAAGUUCUAGAUUGGCUAGGUAUAAUAAGAAACCGACGAUUACGUCACGUGAGAUCCAGACUGCGGUCAGGCUUGUGCUUCCUGGUGAAUUGGCUAAGCAUGCUGUCAGCGAAGGGACUAAGGCGGUUACCAAGUUUACUAGCUCUUAGAUUUGUUUAAUUGUGUUUGGUUGUUGAUUAUAUGUUAUAUCAUAUAUGUGUUUGUGGGUGUUAGGAUUAUUAUGUUAAUUGGUAGCUUUUAAUUGUUAUUAGGAGGAGGGUUAGUAUGUUGACGUGAUGGAUCUGGGUUUCUGUUGCUUCCUUCACUUUUAUUAUUAUGAAAAUAUAUAUGAAUAUGGAUGUUAUUUUUAA